AUGUUCCCUAAACAAGAGCAGAAGGAGCAGCGGCUGGUGCAGCAGCAGCGGGAGCAGCAGGAGCAGCAGCGGGAGCGAAUAGCAGCAGCAGCAGCAGCAGCUGCAGCGGCACCUGCUGCAGCGAUUCUGGGCAGCACUUGCCAACUGCAGCACGGAACUGGGGGCAGCGAAGGCGGCGAAAGAAGCAGCAGCAGCAGCAGGACCCGCAGCAGCGAUAUGGACCGUGCUGCUGUGGCCGGUGGCUGCUCAGUAGCUGAAACGAGGCAAGAAUCUGCAGCAGCAACAGCAGCAGCAGCAUUAGGGCCACCACCGAGAGCUUCAUCCAGCAAGAGGCGCAUCACAGGAGCAGUAGCAUCUGUUGCUGCUGCUGUUGCUUCUGUGUCGGUGGCAGCAGCAGACAUGUCUCCGAGAGCUGGCCUUAGGACCACCCCCAGGCGCCGUCGUCCUCUCCGCAGCAGCAGCAGCAGCAGCACUGUAGCAGCAGUAACAGCAGCAGCAGCUGCAGCAGCAGUACCGGCUGAGCAGCUUGCAGCGAAAGUCUCCUCGCACCGUUCUGUGGACUCAGCAGCAGCAGCAGCAGCAGACUCUCCUACGCACCAGCACUUCAGCAGGGCUGCGCGAACCCGACAGCAGCAGCAGCUGCAGCAGCAACAGCUGCAGCAGCAACAGCUGCAGCAGCAGCAGCUGCAGCAGCAGCAGCUGCAGCAGCAGCAGCUGCAGCAGCAGCAGCUGCAGCAGCAGCAGCUGCAGCAGCAGCAGCUGCAGCAGCAGCAGCUGCAGCAGCAGCAGCUGCAGCAGCAGCAGCUGCAGCAACAGCAGCAGCAGAAUGGCUUCGACACCACAGAAGUAGUCUACUGCGCCCUGCUCUCGGGCGCAGAGGAUCUUGCCGCUUCUCCUCUUUCGGGACUAGAAGCAGCCAAGCAGCAGCAGCAAACUCCUGGUGUUGCAGAAACUGUAGCAGAAGCAGCAAAUGCAGCAGAGACAGCAGCUGCUCCCGUAGCAGCAGCAGCUGUUGGCGUUGUUGCAGCAGUUGGGGGCAGCACAGUUCCGCAGCGGCUGCCAGUCUCAGCGCCAGAGACUGCAGCAAGAGCUGCUGCUCUUGGUUUUACUGCUGCCCCGUCUGCUGCUGCUGCUGCCUCCACCCAGGGCAGCAGCAGCAGCAGCAGGCGGGCACUAAGAGCAGCUAGCUCGCAUUGUUUGUCCACACCAAACGACGCAGCUGCAGCAGCCGCAGUUGCAGCAGGGGCAGCAGCAGCAGCAGCAGCAGCAGCAGCAGCAGAAGGGGGUGAGGCGACCCCAACAGUCAGGACGGAGUCUGGCCGUCCUGCUGCUGCAGCAGCAGCAGCACGAAAGCGUCUUGGUGCUGCUGCAGGUCAUCCAAGCCAUAGUAAGAGGCACAGGAGGCAGCAGGCGGCGGAGCAGCAGCAGGGGAACGAGCCUGCUCCUGCUGCUGCUACAUGUGAUGAUGCUGCGGCUGCAGCUGGGGCUGCAGCUGUUGCUGCUCCUGCUGCUGCUCCUGCUGCUUCUGAGGGCGACAGAGCAGAGGCACAGGCAGCAGCAAGCGUGGUGCGAUUGGCCCCGCCAGAGUCAGAGUCAGCAACAGCAGCAGCAGCCCCUGCUGCUGCUGCAGAGCAGCCUGGGACAGAAUCCUUACGAGAUUCAAGUGGCAGCAGCAGCAGCAGCAGCAGCAGUAGCAGGGGAAGGCGCGCUGCUGCGGCUGCAGCAGCUGCUGCUUUGCAGUCCUGUGCUAAAAAACAACGAGCUGCGCCGUGUAGGUGUUCCGGCAGCACUGCCUGCUCCUGCAGCAGCUGCAGCUGCUGCUCCAGUAGCAGCAGCAGCAGCAGCAGCAACGGCGGGAGCACCAAUGUGGAUGCCGUUGGCCAAGUUCAGAGUAGCGAUAAUGUCGGCAGUAGCAGCAGCAGCAGCAGCAGCUGUGCCUCAGGUUCUUCGUCCUCUCGCAUAUCAGCAACAGCGGCAGCGGCUGCAGCAGCAGCAAGUGCUGCUACGGCGUUGCCUCGCAGCGUGGCCGCCGUGGAAGCGAUAAGCAUGCUGCAGCAGCUGUGGGUGCGGCCCGUGCUGCAGUACGCAGAGACACUGGACCCGCUGCUGCUGCCCUCGCGAGACCAUUUUGCUGCUGCUUAUUCUUUGGUGCAGCAAUUGACGGAGACAGAGGAGACAGCCUUCCAAGUGUAUUGUCUCUUCCGUAUAUCUCUUGCGGAGUGGGCUGCGAAGCAGCUGCGGCUCAUUGUGCAGCAGCAGCAGCAGCAGCAGCAGCAGCACGCAGUGGCGGCAGCAAGAACUGCACAGCAAGUGGCGCCAGCGUCCGCAGCAGCAGCAGCAGCAGCAGUAGCUGCCGCUGCUGCUGCUGCUGCUGCAGGCAGCAGCGCACCUGGUGUCUCUUUGCCCGAGAGAUGCUGCUGCGCAGAUUGUCGAGUAGCUGAGAGGGACAGCAGCAAGUGCUGCCGCAGCAGCUGCCCAGCUGGCGGCGCUGCUGCUGCAGGCGAUCGCGAAAGAGCUGCUAUGGAGACCCGCAGGCCCCACGGCUGUUUGCGCUGCACGGGCAGGCAGCAGCAGCCGCCGCAGCAGCAGCAGCUGCAACAGCAGCAGGCGUUUCCCGUGCAGCUGCACGCUCGCCGCGUGCUGCAGCAGCCGCUGCAGCAGCACCGCGAAGACGGCCUGCUGUGCAGCUGCAGCGCCUGCGGCACUUCGCUGCUGCAGCGGCUGCUGCGCUGCUGGGAGGUGUAUGGACACCUAGUUUAUUGGCUUAUGAGGGGUUUUUGCUAUUUAGACAGAUUCUUCACAGGAAGAAGAAAAGAAAUAGGAGACACUCCAAACUUGCUGCUGUGUGCCUUAGCUGUUUUCCAAACCUGCGUGUAUGCCCAAAUACACAGACGAACUGUAGAGGCUCUUACUGCAACAGUUGCUGGCUACAGGCAGCAGCUGCAGCAGUCACAGCAGCAGCAGCAGCAGCAGCUGGUGCUGCUGCAGCCGCAGUACCAUGGCAUUGAUCCUGCUUCCUUUAGAAAACUAAUGCUGAUGCUGUGCUGCUUGGGGGAACCCCAUAUUGCUGCUCUUGAGUCCUUCCCAGCAGAAGCAGCAGCAGCAGCAGGAGCGGGAGCGGAAUGUUCAGCGUACAAUCAAGCCGCGCAGCAGCAACCUGAGAACUCCAGGGCCCUAAGCGACAAGAUUAGGAGCAGCAGCAGCAGCAGCAACAGCGGGCGCAGCAGGGCGAUGCGCGUGGUACAAUGGCGUCUUCUUCCUUCGCCUCAAAGUGGAGAUACUUCUUCCGUGUCCGCUGCUGCCCGGCGGCAGCAGCAGACUGCCGCUGCGCAGCAGCAGCACGCUGCUGCUGCACGACAGCAGCAAACUGUUGCUGCCCGGCAGCAGCACAUUACUGUGGCUCAGCGCCAAUCAACUGUGACUGCUCAGUGGCAGCAAGCUGCGGCUGCUCAGCAGCACCAGCAGCUGAGUCAGCAGCAGCUGCAGGAACUGCAGCAGGGAACAGUCACAAGGGAUCAUCAGCAAAGGGUGGAGAGGCAGCAGCUGCGGCAGCAGCUGCAGCAGCACCUACUGCAUCAACGCCACAUGCAGCUGCAGCAACAGCAGCAGCACCACCAGCCAACUGGCCGUUUCUUUGACGACUUGCAGCAUUCCAUGCUGACGGAAUCGGAGAGCUAUUACUGCAGCAAGUCCAGGGAGUGGCUGCUACAGGACCUUGCCGCUGCUCCGCCAGAGGCGCAGCAGCAGCUGCUGCAGCAGCACCAUCCGCAGCAGCGAAUUGACUUUGCUGCUGCAGCAGACUGCGCUGCAGCAGCAGCAGCAGCAACAGCACAGCAGCAGCGACUGCAUCAGCGGACGCGUACACUUGGCACGUGCUGGUUGCGGGCGUGUUGCGAUUCGUCAGCAGCAGCUGCUGCUGCUGCAGCGCGAGCGGCAGCACUGCCUUCAGCAGCAGCAACAAAAGAAGAGGAUGAGACAGUCACCGUGACAGUAUACUGCAGCUGCGGCAGUGGCACUUGCUGCGAAGGUCACUCGAGCUCUCAGCAGCAGCAGCAGCCUCGGCAGCUGAAGCUGCGCGUAUGUGAGGCGCGUUUGCUGCGUCGCCUGCAGCAGCAGCAAACAGAAGUGGGGCUGAGCUGCAGCAGCUACACAGAGCGCGUGCACAUGCUGCUGUUUGGGGAGCAGCAAGUCUUCAAGCUUGCUGCCUUGUGGCCGCGACUGCAGCAGAACCUGCUGCAGAAGGCCUCAAAAAUAGCAGUAAUGGAUUGUUUGCAUUUUGUCUUGUGUGGGCCUGGGGGUCUCACGGAUCUGCUGCAGCAGCACGCCUUCGUAAACGACCUCCAUGCUGCGCCCUACCAGCAGGGACAGAGCCAGCAGCAGCAGCAGCAGCAGCAGCAGAGUGAACCUGUCGAGGAAACGGGGUGGGAUGUGGGAGGACACGGCAUCUGGGAGUGCAGCAGCAGCAGUGGCGGCGGCAGCAGCAACGCCUGCAGCAGCAGCUCCACAAGCGGCAGCAACUUGAGUUUUAGACCUAGCAGCAGCGAGUGCAACGCCAGCAGCAGCAGCAGCAGCAGUAGCAGCAGCAGCAGCAGCAGCGGUGGGGUGAUAGACUUGUGUUUGCUUCUGAAGCAUCGUCGGCUGCUGCUGCACUCUGUCUGGAGGCUGCUGCGGCUCUACAGGCCAACGCAGCAGCGGCAGCAAAAGCCCAGAGAUCUGGUUGCUGCUCUCGUUAGAGAAGCCAUCUCAGCCCGCGUUCUGCAGAUCACCGAGCCGCUGCGGACUGCUGCAGCAGUACAGGCCGCAGCAGCAGCAGCAGCUGCUGCUGGAUCAGCAGCGCCAGGAGCGCGAGCUGCCUCGCCUACAGAGAAGCCGCAAACACGUGGAGCAGCCAGCAGCGAAGUCGCUGCUGCUGGUGCUGCUGCUGCUGCAGGGGCACAGACAAAGGCUGCAGCCGACCCACCAAGCCGCCGUGUCACUCGCAGCAUUAGCAGCAGCAGCACCAGCAGCGGCAGCAAGACUGGACUGCUGCAGCAGGACCUUCCUGCGGGCAAGAGCAGAGGACGGGGCUCUGUGCGCGUUUCUUCUGUAAAGAAGCAGCAGCAGCAGCAGACGCAGCUGGAGCAGCAACAGCAGCAGCAGCGCGAAGAGGACUGGUUGGAGGGGCCCCAGGGCGUGGCCUGCCGGCGGCUGCUGGACUUCCAGGGAGAAGUCGGGAGGCUCAUAGAUUUUGUUUUUAAAGGAGACGCGAGAAUGGUGGAGGUAAUAGGAACGGCCAUAAGGGACGCUCUCUCUCACGUUUCUUCCUUAGCAGCUUCACUCUGCCUCUACUGGGAUCGGUUCCUUCCACGGCUGCAGAGAUAUUCACAAACCAAGAAAGUUGCGGCCCACCUUGUCGCCUUGCUGCAGAACAUGCCGGACAGAGCUGGCUUCCUUGAGGCUUACAGGAGACACCUGGGAGAUAGACUGCUGCUGCGCGGCUGCAGGGGGAUAGAGCAGGAGAAGCUGAUUGCAGAUCUUCUCGAGAGGCACGCAGGGGCGGACCUGCAAGCGACAGUGCGCAUUGCUGCAAUGCCACGAGACAUAGAAGCAAGUGCGCUGCUGUCGAGGGAGUUCCAGCAGCAGCAGCGGCAGCAGGAGCACCAGCAGCGGAAGCAGGAGCAGCAGCAGCUUGACGAGCGGCAGAGGCAGCAGACGCACCAAAUGUGCAUGCGGCACCUUCGAGAAACUGUGCAGAUCAGCCGAGAGCAGCAGCAGCAGCAGCAGCGAGGGCGCAGCUCGCAGCGGCUGCAACAACUGCAGCUGCAGCGACAGCGGCAGCAGCACCAGAAGGAGCAGCAGCAGUUGGCUAAGCAGCACCAGCAGGAGCAGCAGGAACACAACUCCCAGAGGGAACAGCAGGCGCAGCAGCAGCGACUGCAGCAAGAGCUGCUGCUACAGCAGCUAGAUGAUGCCGACGAGACGCCCGAGUUGCUGCGGCUCCCGUAUCCGCAGCAGCAGUUCAGCGCGCUCAUUCUGCGCUGGAACUGCUGGGCUGUGGAGGAGAGGCAAAGAGACUUAAGAAACAGCACGCAGCUGCUGCUGCCCCCGCAGCUUUCCCAGCCCAUAGUGUCUUUCACUGCUUUCUACACUGGCAAGUACUCCAGCAGGGUUUUGGCGUGGCAGAUGCACUGCAGCAGAGUGACAUUCGCAACAUCUCUGUACACCCCAGCAACAGCAGCAACAGCAGCAGCUGCUGCGGCCGCUGUUGCAGUCAGCGAGGAAAACAGCAGCAACUGCAUCAGAAGGCAAAGCCAGCGGCUCCAGCCUCCACCCUCGCAGGCGGCUCGUAGCUGCAGCAGCAGCAGCAGCUGCAGCAGGAACAGCAGCAAGAACCCCAGCAGCAGCAAUGCUUGCAUCAAAAGCCCCACAGCCACUAGCUCAGGGCCUCUUGUGACGCUGCUAGAGACUGACCCAUAUGCUGCUACGAUCCUGCUGCUAUUCAAUGAUGACGCGAGAGCAGCAAGGGGCAUUUCUCUAGAAGAAAUAGAGGCGGAGACGAAAUUUCGACCUGCAGAGAUUACUGAAGCAGCAGCAUCGCUGCUGCGGCCUCUCCCACUGCUGAUGCUGUGUCCUCCAGGGCAUUUGCAGGGGCAAGCAGAGGAGCAGGAGCAGCGGAGAGGGCAGCAGCAGCAGCAGCAGCAACAUGAAGAAGAUGGCAGGGACCGCAAGGCAUUUGCUGAUGAUCUGGAGGCCAAACUUGCUGGUGGUUGGUUGCUGCGGGUGAACGAGACCUUCUGCAGCAGCAGCGACAGCAGCAGCAGCAGUAGCAGCAAGUGGCAGUACAUCCGCUGCUGUCCUGCGCUAUCUUUGGCUGCCAUUGCUGAAGCAAAGCAGCAAAAGAAGGAGACGAAGGUACAGAGCAAGAAGGAAGAGGCGCCCACGUCAGCAGCAGAUAAGAAAAUCCUGCUGGAGGCAGCUCUUGUGCGAAUUCUGAAGCGUGAGGGCUCGGCCGACGACGCAGCGCUGGCUGCUGCAGUUCUGGGACCAACAAGGACAGCAGCAGCUGAGGAGCAGCUGCAGCAAGCUUUAGGUUCUCUUGUGGAGAGGGAGUUUUUGCGAAGGGACGAGGAAAAUCCGUAA